CGUUAGAGCGGUUUUAAUUAGCUGCAGGAUUUUAAUGAGCUGGAAUCCAGCAAGCGCCCCGUCUCCGAAGUGAGCAGGAGCCCCACUCACGGAAAGAACUGUCUGACAAAACAGAUGGAGGUGGUGCUCUCGGGGGACCGGCCGUGUGCGGGGAUCGUGCGGGGAGCAGAGGAGUGACCGAGGCCAGGAGGCCCGAGUGGGGGCCCGCAGGUCAGCCCCAGCUGCGGCUUGGGCACGACAACACCCCCCCCACACCACCACCACCCCCAGCCGCCGGCGGGAGCUUGGAGCCGGAUUCAAGGUGAAGGCUGUGUCUGGCUUCAUUCUCCUCAAGUUGCCAUAGCAGCCUCGCUCCGCCAGCAGCUUCUCCUGGAGCCCUCAGCCGGGAGGGACGUCAUUGUUCGCUCCUGCCCGUGCACGGAGCAGACUGACCGGCCGGAGAACUUUCCCGGGCCCGGGGUGUGCGCCCCACGUGGGGCCCUUGUGGGCUCGGGGCUGGACGUCUCCCGCUCCCUCUGGUGGGGGCAGGUCCCUGCAGCCAGUUCUUGGGGGUGACCGGGGCAGCGACCAGGCUGAGGAGCAGCUGUAUCCCAGUGCGUCUUUGGAGCCGCCCGUCCGUCUGUCUGUCUGCCUGCCUGCCGUCCAUCCAUCCGCCCGUCCGCCUGUUUGCUGGUUGGCCUUAUCGUCUCUGGAGACCCUGGCCCAAUGGACGCCCGGCGUGGAGGAUGAGGGAAGAAGGAGCCUCCCACGGCGCAGAGGUGCCCCCGGAGCCAGCCCCGGUGGCCCCCUCGAGCCGGAGCCAUGCGGCUGGCCUGCAUGUUCUCCUCCAUCCUGCUCUUCGGGGCCGCGGGCCUCCUGCUCUUCCUCAGCCUGCAGAAGCCCACGGAGCUGGCACCCCAGCAGCUGUCAGGACUGAAGUUCAGCCUGCGGCCACAGCAGCAGCCCCGGGACCUCCCACCAGGCAGUCCCCAGGAUGGAGACUUGAGGAGAGCCUCAGAGAGAUUCUCUCCAAACAUAUCCAGCCGGGAGACUCUGGGGAGCCUCGGCCCGCAGGGGCCUGACCUGGCUCCAGUCCUCCUGCGUCCCCAGGGCGCCCACCCGCGCUCCCUGCGACAGCGCCGGCAGCAGCUGCUGCUUAGGGACACGCCGACCAACAGCUCGGCCUGGGCCCGCCUGCAGCGCAGCCAGCAGGAACGCAAGCGGCUGAUGCGGGAGGCGUGCGCCAGGUACCGCGGGCGCAGCAGCCUCCGCGCCGUCACGCCCCGCCACGUGUCGCGCAUCUUCGUGGAGGACCAGCACCGCGUGCUGUACUGCGAGGUGCCCAAGGCCGGCUGCUCCAACUGGAAGCGGGUGCUCAUGGUGCUGGCGGGGCUGGCCUCGUCCACGGCCGACAUCCAGCACGACACGGUGCACUACGGCGGCGCCCUACGGCGGCUGGACACCUUCAGCCGCCACGGCAUCCUGCACCGGCUCAGCACCUACACCAAGAUGCUCUUCGUGCGCGAGCCCUUCGAGCGGCUCGUGUCGGCCUUCCGCGACAAGUUCGAGCACCCCAACAGCUACUACCACCCGGUCUUCGGCAAGGCCAUCCUGGCGCGCUAUCGCGCCAACGCGUCGCGGGAGGCCCUGCGCACGGGCGAGGGCGUGCGCUUCCCCGAAUUCAUGCAGUACCUGCUGGACGUGCACCAGCCCGUGGGCAUGGACAUCCACUGGGACCACGUGGGCCGCCUCUGCAGCCCCUGCCUCAUCGACUACGACUUCGUGGGCAAGUUCGAGAGCAUGGAGGACGACGCCAACUUCUUCCUGCGCCUCAUCCACGCGCCGCCCAACCUGACCUUCCCGCGCUUCAAGGACCGGCACUCGCAGGAGGCGCGCACCACGGCGCCCAUUGCGCGCCGCUACUUCGCCCAGCUGUCGGCUGUGCAGCGCCAGCACGCCUACGACUUCUACUACAUGGACUAUCUCAUGUUCAACUAUUCCAAGCCCUUCGAUGACCUGUACUGAGCGGCUGCUGGACCGCAGCUGCGGGGGCAGCGGAGUGGAUGGACGUGUGGGGGCGGCUGGAGGGGGGGAGGGGGUGUCAGAGUCCCAGCCCUGGGCCAGGAGGCUCCCGGGGCCCCCAGCCAGCUCAGCCGAGAGUCAGGGUGGCCCCUGGAAGCCUGAGCGCCCCCUUCUCCCCCCACCAGGACGCCUCCAGGGGUCCCGCAGCCCCUUCGCUUUGGCCUUGUCCCGAACCCCGCGGUCCCUGGGCGCAGCGGGCCGGUUCCCAAUAAAGCACAGGGUUUCCAGA